GUAUGUAAAGUGUUUUUACCUGUCUCAUGCAGGAAAAACGUGAGCCUGCUGUGAACAGCCUUAAUCAGGAGCAGUCUGUUUACCAAGUUGCUCCACCAAGUGAAAAUGGGUCCGCAACAAGUGUGACAAUUUUACGAAGACGUCUGAAGAAAAGGCAGCCGUGAAGGAGGGUUUCCUUCGGCACGGCGCUAUUCCCGGCGUGAUCAGAUGCACGGACGGUAGCCUCAUUGCCAUUAUCACACCAAAGGGUGAGCGCAAUACUGCGUUCAUGUCUCGGAAGGGCGACUACGCCGAAAACUGCAUGUUCAUCUGCGACGCAGACAUGAGCAUCCUGAGCGUGUAUCCCAUGCGACCGGGGUCGGAUCACGACUCAUUCGUCUGGCGGACGACAUGGCUGCGCCGGCGGUUCCCGGCGGGGCGCAUCGCGAAUCCCGGUGUAUGCCUCAUCAGUAAUAGCUGCUACCUCUUGGAUCCGUGGCUCCUGACCCUGGUUCCCGGCCAUCCUCCUAUGCAAACAGCCGAGGGGAAGUACAACACAGCACAUGCCACCUUGCGUUCCGUAGUGGAGAGGCGUAUUGGGCUCUUGAUGAGCCGUUUCCGCUGUCUGCAGCGGUACCUGCACCCUCCUCUACGAGCCAGAACGUGCGGCCAACAUUGUCGCCGCAUGUGCUGUGUUGCACACACAACCUUCGGCUGUCUGAGGGUGACAAAGACGACGAUGAUGAAAGUGAUGACGACAGCAGCACCAGCAGUAGUAGCGAGCUCGAUAACAAUGGCGACCCCAUACCACACGGUCUGCCCCGAAACAGGGGGUCUCAAUUGAAUUAUCUGAGAGGGCGGCUGUCCGAGACAAUGUAAUCAGCAUAUGCAUUACUUGAGGAGUGUGUGGUUGCAUUUGCGACUUCAACAGCAUUGCGAGCAUUGCUAGGUGCAUACACGCUGUUGUUGUGUCAGCCAGAUGUGGUGGUCUAACAGAUACAAAAUUAUUGCAUUGUGCAUUCUGUAAAAUUGCUGACAAAACGUUUUCCAUACUCAGCUGUAGUUGAUGUCUACAUAAUGUAAAGCAUUCACGAUUUGUAGAGAAAUGUAGAAGUUGUAUAGUUGAGGGUUAUGUAGACCUUACAUUUAUAAUAAGUAAAACAGACUAUAUAGUGGUAGCAUAUAAGAUUGAAAGCAAACUAAAAUUAAGUGGCUUUUAAAAGUGUGCAUGACAUGAUUUCCUUGCUGCUGCUGUCGUCAUGUAGAUGCCCUGUGUGCCAUAGAUGUAGCGUGCAGUUUUGUUUUGUAGCCUUUUUCCUUACUGGUAUCCCUGACAGUUCUCCGCUCCCCUUAUGCAAUGAAGGACAUUAGCGUUCGUCUCCUCGCUUUCUACUCGGGCAGUGAAGCUCACAAAAGCCAAAAUGCACAGUGCACAUCACACCUUCCGCUCCAUCGAACGUGCUGUUACGCGCA